AUGAGCAAUCAGACCAUGAGCAAUCAGACCAUGAGCAAUCAGACCAUGAGCAAUCAGACCAUGAGCAAUCAGACCAUGAGCAAUCAGACUCUGAGCGACUCGUAUAACAAUGGACAAGGCAACCAGGCGUCGUAUGGUUACCAAGCAGCCGCGUCUACCAGUUACUACCAAAGUCAGAGCCCGGCUCCCUACAUGGAUCAACCGAGUGCCUCGCAAGGAGGCUAUCCAUCUUAUAACACACAAGGAUACAGCGACAACACAGCUUACCAGGGAUACAAUGGGUAUAGUAACACAGGUUACCAGACAAACAAUGGGUACGGUGACACAGGUCACCAAACUAACAGUGGGUACGAUAACACAGGAUACCAGAGAAGCAAUGCAUAUGAAAACACAGGUUACCAGACUAACAAUGGAUAUGAGAACACGGGCUACCAGAGAAGCAAUGCAUAUGAUAACACGGCUUACCAGCAAUACGGGGAAUCACAAUCUCAAAGCAACGUCGGACAAGCCGGAUACUAUUUCAACGGCCAGCAAUAUCAGAAUAGUGCGGAUCCAGGAUCAUAUUACACGGGAUAG